AUGUUUUCAUUACGCGGAAAGUCAUUUGCAUUUGAUGCAUUUCCUGACCCGUCUGACACUUGGGAAAUCGUGGAAACGAUUGGAAAGGGAACAUACGGUAAGGUGUUUAAAGUGAUGAAUAAGGAAAAUGGGAGCAAGGCUGCUGUGAAAAUCCUGGAUCCAUUUCAUGAAGAUACUGAUGAAGAGAUUGAAGCAGAAUAUAACAUACUGAAGGCUCUGUCUGAUCACCCAAAUGUUGUCAAGUUCUUUGGAAUGUAUUUUAAGAAAGACAUAAAAACUGGGGAUCAGUUGUGGCUGGUUUUGGAGUUGUGCAAUGGUGGAUCUGUCACUGAUUUGGCCAAAGGGCUCCUGAAAAGAGGUGAAAGAAUGAAUGAAACCAUCAUUGCAUACAUCCUACACGAAGCUCUUAUGGGACUGCAACACUUGCACAGCCAUAAGACAAUUCACCGUGAUGUUAAGGGAAACAAUAUUCUAUUGACUACAGAUGGAGGUGUCAAGCUGGUGGACUUUGGUGUAUCAGCCCAACUGACAAACACCCGUCUCCAUCGGAACACGUCUGUAGGAACACCAUUCUGGAUGGCACCAGAGGUGAUUGCAUGUGAGCAGCAAGUAGAUGCAACAUAUGAUGCACGCUGUGAUGUCUGGUCUUUAGGAAUUACAGCCAUAGAGCUUAGUGAUGGUGAUCCUCCAUUGGCUGACUUGCAUCCAAUGAGAGCUCUUUUUAAAAUUCCUAGGAACCCGCCACCAACCCUACGUCAGCCAGAACUGUGGUCAGCAGAACUUAAUGACUUUAUACACAAGUGCCUCACAAAAGACUUUGAGAAACGACCCACGGUGUGUGAUCUUUUGGAACAUGCAUUUAUUAGGCAAAUUAGACAUAAUGAAAGAGCACUUCAAAAGCAGCUAAUGGAAUUCAUAGACAUCCACCUGCAAAUGGGGAUAAUGGAGAAAAAGAGGCAUGAGCGGAUUCAUACUAAAAAGGGGAUGUUCAGAGAGUCUAUGACACCAAACCAGGAUGAUGUAGAUGACCUGGCAACCUUGGAAGUUCUAGAUGAGAAUUCUGUGACAGACCAGCUACAAAAGCGCUACAACAGGGAUCAGAUAUAUACUUACGUUGGGGACAUUCUAGUCGCCGUUAACCCAUUCCGAAGUUUAGAUUUGUAUUUAUCUGAGCAUGCACAGACGUACAGAGGAGUAAAGAGGACAGCCAACCCUCCGCACAUCUAUGCUGUAGCUGAUGUAGCUUAUCAAUCUAUGGUCACUUACAAUUCAGAUCAGUGCAUAGUUAUUUCUGGAGAAAGCGGUGCAGGAAAGACUGAAGGGACUCAUCUAUUAGUCCAGCAACUCACUGUGCUUGGAAAGGCAAAUAACAGGACAUUACAGGAGAAGAUCUUACAGGUGAAUAACCUGGUGGAAGCCUUCGGAAAUGCCUGCACUAUCAUUAAUGAGAAUUCAAGUCGCUUUGGGAAAUACUUAGAAAUGAAAUACACUAAGAAUGGCACAGUGGUAGCGGCACAGAUUUCGGAGUACCUGCUGGAGAAGUCCAGGGUUGUCCACCAAGCCAUAGGGGAGAAGAAUUUUCACAUUUUUUAUUAUAUUUAUGCCGGCUUGUCAGAGAAGAAAAAACUCGCCCAUUACAAAUUGCCAGAAAACAAACCUCCCAGGUACCUACAAAACGAGCAUAUUAAAAUGGUACAAGAUUUUAUGAAUAACACCUUCUAUAAAACUCAGUUUGACUUAAUUGAGCAAUGUUUCAAGGUAAUAGGUUUUACAAUGGAGGAGCUAGGAAGCGUGUACAGCAUCCUUGCUGCGAUUCUAAAUGUGGGCAACAUUGACUUCACCUCAGUGGCUUCAGAGCACCAGAUAGACAAGAGCACCAUUGCCAAUCCAUCAGUACUUGAAAACUCUGCCUCUUUGCUCUGUAUCCAAGCUGAUGAACUACGAGAUGCUCUCACUUCUCACUGUGUGGUGGCUCGUGGGGAAACCAUAAUCCGCCAGAACACAGUGGAAAAAGCAGCCGAUGUCAGAGAUGCCAUGUCUAAAGCCCUGUAUGGCCGCCUUUUCAGCUGGAUAGUGAACCGAAUCAAUGCUUUACUGAAGCCAAUCGAAGAGUGCAGCGAGGAUGAUGCAGGAUACAGCAUUGGGAUUCUUGAUAUCUUUGGUUUUGAGAAUUUCAAAAAGAAUUCCUUUGAGCAGCUCUGUAUAAACAUUGCAAAUGAACAAAUACAGUUUUACUUCAAUCAACACAUAUUUGCCUGGGAGCAGAAUGAAUAUUUAAAUGAAGAUGUUGAUGCAAGAGUUAUUGAGUAUGAAGACAACAGGCCCCUCCUGGACAUGUUCUUGCAGAAGCCAAUGGGCCUACUCUCUCUGCUGGAUGAGGAGAUUAAAUUCCCCGGAUCAACUGAUCAGACCCUUGUAGAAAAGUUUGAAGAUAACCUCAAAUCAAAGUAUUUCUGGAGACCAAAGAGAAUUGACCUAACAUUUGGAAUUCAUCACUAUGCGGGGAAGGUUCUCUACAAUGCCAGCGGGUUCCUGGAAAAAAACCGAGACACUUUACCUGCGGAUAUUGUGCUUCUUUUGAGGUCAUCUGAAAACAACCUCAUUCGUAUAUUAGUAACCAAUCCCCUAACAAAAACAGGUAAUCUUGCCCACACUAAAACAAAGUCAAGAAUGAAUUCACAGUCAUGGUCCAAUGGGAAAACGUCCAGUCGCAGUGAGGGAGAUCAGGGAGAUUCUCAUCAUCCUAGAGAGACCACCAACAUGAAAACACAGACCGUGGCUUCAUAUUUUAGGUAUUCCUUGAUGGAUUUACUAUCAAAAAUGGUGGCUGGCCAGCCUCACUUUGUGCGGUGCAUCAAACCAAAUAACGACCGUCUGCCAAACAAGUUUGAUCGGGAGAAAGUGCUAGUGCAGCUUCGGUACACAGGGAUUUUGGAAACUGCUAGAAUCCGCAGGCAGGGCUAUUCCCACCGCAUUCUUUUUGCUAACUUUAUAAAAAGAUAUCACCUGAUCUGUUUUAAGUCUCAUGAAGAUCCGCCAGCCAAUCCAGAAUGUUGUGCAGCCAUACUGGAAAAGGCAAAUCUAGACCAGUGGGUUUUAGGAAAGACGAAGGUUUUCCUUAAGUACUUCCACGUUGAGCAGCUGGACCGUAUGGUAAAGAGCACAGUUAACAAAAUAGUUGUUCUUCAGGCCUGUAUCAAAGGGUGGCUGGGAGCCAAGAGGUACCAAAAACUGAAGCAGAAGAGACAGGAAAGUGCUGUGAAGAUACAGUCAGCUUACAGGGGUCAUGCGGUUCGCAAGGAUCUACACAGCAAAACAGAGAUGCAAAAUUUCAUUACAAAGUUUCAAGCAUGUGCCAGGGGAUAUCUAGUGAGGAAGAAGGCGAAGGAUAUGCUUAAACAGAAGAAUGAUGCUGCAGUUACAAUCCAAGCUCAUUAUCGGGGGUUCAAAGAGAGGAAGAGCUUUGAAAGGAAAAAGGAAUCACUGAAAAGAAAGAAGUGUGAUGACACAAAUAAUGUCACAGCAACUGAUCCUCCAGAGAAAGAGAAAAUAGAGGCUGAGGAGCCCACAAAUGGGAAAAGUGAAGAGGAUGCAGCCAUUGUCAUCCAGAGCCAUGUUAGAGGCCACCAACAGAGGAAGAAAAUGAAGGCUGAACGUCAACAAAUUCAAGAACCAGGCAAUUCAAGUUUAGAAAAAGGCAAUUCAGUUCCUCCCGAAGAGGAAACUGAGGAGCAGGAAAGUAAUCACAAUGGCAUUGAGAAAAGUAACAUGGAAGAAGAUAAAGCUGCCGUAGUCAUUCAAAGCAACUACCGUGGCUACCGAGACAGAAAGAUAUUUCAAGAAGAGAGACAGAAAAAUACAACCACAGCCCAAUCAUCCCACAGUCCUCCCUUGAGUCAUUCCAUAGAUAUGGACGUACAAAAUAAUAACCACUCAGAUGUUGGUCAUAAAAUAUCUCAGAACUGUGAAAAAUCUAAUGAAGAUAGUGAAAAACAUCUGGAAACUGAAGACGAUAAAGCGAAGGCGGCACUGGUAAUACAAAGCAAUUAUCGAGGGUUCAGAGAGCGGGAGAUACUGAGGAAAGAAGGAAAACUACCUAACAAAAACAAUCCAGAAGGAGGAAACAACAGAAAAAAGGAUGUAAUAAAAGAUAUUGAAGAUCUUGCACUUUUCACAGAGCAGAUCUCCAAGUUGUCUGAGAACUAUUUACUUUUACAACGAAAGUUGAACGAUAUUAUCCUGACCAAUGAGCUGGACCCUGAAAGUGCUGCUGAUUUUUUGAGAGAAAGGAGCAAUAUGCUUCAUCAAAAUGGAAAGG